AUGGCUUUUCCUGUGCUUGAAACAUCCUCUUCAACGGUGCCUGAGCUGCCGGCUGGUAUGGACCCUGGUUACUAUGCUUUUAGUCUUCUCCGACGGCGGAAACUAGAUGAGUGCGUAGCCUUUGCAUCCAGCCAGCGUGUAUCUGACAGUGACGGGGGCUGUGCCGUGCAAGACGAUCAAAAACAUCUAAACGAGUUGCUGUGGUAUGCCCAAACUAAAGCUAUGGUUCUGCAGCAUUGGUUCGAUGACGCUAGCAUAGAGGACGAUGGAGUGAACAAUGUGCUAUUGGAAGGCGAGCAGACGGUUGUGAGCAGCACCCAACCCCAUGGGGGUUCUAUUGAGCCACCCCGACAGCUAACCUCAGGUAAGAUUAAAAUGGGGGUCUGUGGUACCUCCCGAGCGGGUGGUCUUGGUACUUCCGGCGGCGGGCGCCAGAUUAGCAGUCGCCAGGGCUUUGCGCGCACGGGCAGCCUCAACAACCGACCGGGGACGCUGCAGGGGGGCCGUGGGGGCACCUCUGCACGUCCAACUACCGGCCGCUUCACACGCGUCAGCACGGCCUCCCUGCAGCUAGCCCCUGGAGGUGCGCACAUCCAAACUCAGUUUCUUAACUUGGAGGACUUCGCACAAAAGAAGCCGGUAUUAGCAAAGGUGUUAUGUGAUUAUCUGUUGUAUGUGGAGCACCAGCCAAAGCUUGCACUAGGGCUAUGCACGGCAGUGUUAAGGCCACCACCACCAACGGCAAGUGUAGGGAGGCCUGCUGGUCUGCCGCUGGGUAUGCCCUCCCCACGCGGCGAACAUUCCGUACCUGUAAAAAAUAGCCUUAUUCCCGGAGCAAGUGAUUGGUGGUGGAAGGCGCGCCUGGGUAAGGCAAGCUACCAGCUUGGGUUGCUCCGUGAAGCGGAGAAGUGCUUCAAGGAUGCGCUCUUCGAGCCUUCUGCAGGUGGUGCUCUCGUAGGCAGAACAGCUGGCUGUGUUCCUGACGGAAAGAGCUCAACGUCUCUUUUUGCGCAUUAUGACACACGCACUAUCAUGGAACUGGGGAAAGUGUAUAAAAAGAUGAAUCAAUCCCUCUCCGCACUAGAGCUGUACACAAAUGCACUCAAUGAAAACUGUAUUGACUACGAGAUUAUACUUUGUUGCGCGAGGCUGCACAACGAGCUCAAUCAUCAAGAUGAGGCCUAUGGGCUCUUCCGGCAAGUAUUGUGCAUCGACAACAACAAUGUCGAGGCCAUUGCAUGUAUUGCAGCCCACCUGUUUUACGAGAAAGGUCAUCCAGACAUGUCCUUCAACUUAUAUAACCGAUUGCUGCAGAUGGGUGUAAACACGGUGGAGGUCUGGAACAACAUUGGGGUCUCUAGCCUUUGCGCUGCGCAGCUUGAACAUGCCUUUAAGUGCUUUGAGCGGGCCAUGCAGUGCUGCCCAGACGAUGCGCAGCGCUCAGAUGUGUGGUACAAUAUUGGCCAUGUGUACAUUAGCGUUGGCGAUCUUCGAUCCGCCGAGCGCGCCUUCAGGCUCGCUGCGGCGACUGACAGCAGCCACGCAGAGGCUCUCAAUAACCUUGCGGUGCUUGCAUAUGAGGGAGAGCGGAAGAAGAAGGACGCAGAAUUCGCAUCCAGCGAGCAGGGUGGCUACCUACUCGAGUCAGCAUUGCGGGCAGCGCCGGGGCUUGUGGAAGCCCUGUACAACUCCGCACUGGUUGCCUACAAUAUGAGUGAGCUGGAGCGGGCCUACCUGAUGGUCACGCGUGCGCUUGAAGAAUUUCCAGAUCACACUGAAAGCGUUGCAUUGCGCUCUAAGCUGCAAAAACUAUUUGUUACCCUGUGA